UUUUCUGGAGUCCACAAGUUUGAACAUCCGAUUGUUAAUAGAUAAUCCUGAGUGUACACUUGCACUUUGUUUCCCCAAACACAAAGAACAGACCAGCCGGACUCUGACAUCUGUCAAUACAUCAACCAAGACGACAUCAUGGAACUUGCUGUGUUUUCCCUUCUGAUCUGUGCUUCCUCAUUCAUGCCUUCUCUCCAAUCUCCAGAACCCCAUGCUCCUAACAUCACUGAUCUCACGUUUAAAAACAUUGAUUUUGCCAUGAACCUUUAUCUUAAGAUUGCGAGCCGCCAUGAUGACAACAUUUUCUUCUCACCACUGAGUGUUUCUACAGCAUUUGCAGCACUUUCUUUGGCAGCCAGGAACUCCACUCGUAGUGAAAUCCUGUCAGGACUGAAUCUGGACGCGUUGGAUCAGGCUGGGCAGCUGGAGCUCAUCCCACAACUCUUCCAGCACCUGCAGGGGAACAUCAGCCAAGAUGGAGCACUGAAGUUGGAACAGGGAACAGCACUCUUCGUGGACCUGACUUUUCAAAUAGAGAAGGCUUUUGGUGAUCAGAUCAAGUUAUUCUUCAAUGCUGAUGUUGAGAAUGUGGACUUUAAAAAAUCUGAAAUCAGUAAGGAGAUCAUCAAUAAGCAUGUGAGGGAGAAAACCGGUGGUAAAGUGAAGGAGAUGGUGACUAGCAUUGAUCCCUUGACCAGAAUUAUGCUGAUAAAUACUAUCUUCUUUCAGGGUGCCUGGAAGUAUCCUUUUAAUCCAAACAGCACUGAAAGCGGUCGCUUUUAUGUAGACAAGUACAACAUUGUCCAGGUUCCCAUGAUGUUCUGUGUGGACAAAUUCUUUGUUGCCAGUGAUGAUGAGCUUAAGGCAAAGGUGUUGCGUCUCCCUUAUUUGGGUGGUGCAGCUAUGCUCAUUGUCCUACCUAACCUCAAUACUGAUUACACUACUAUAGAUGAUGAAAUAAAUGCAGAACGAUUUCUUAGCUGGAUCAAGAAUUUGAAGCAGAAGAAACUGGAUGUCUCUCUGCCAAAAUUUACAAUGGAGAAGUCCUAUGCACUACACACCAUUCUCCCAGCAAUGGGCAUUCAAGAUAUCUUCAGGGAUACUGCUAACUUCAAAGGCAUGAGUCAAGAGCCUGGUCUGAAAGUCUCCCAGGUUCUGCACAAAGCUGUGAUUGAGGUGGAUGAAAAAGGCACCAAAGCAGCAGCAGCUACAAGCGUGGGUAUCACACCAUACUCACUGCCAGAAAACUUCAUUGUGAACAGGCCUUUCUUCUUUUUUAUUUACCAUGAGGCAACCAACAGUCUGUUGUUUAUGGGCAGGGUUAUUGACCCCACUAAGAAAUAAACCAUUUGUACAGUCAGGGAAAUGAAGUGCUUUUUUCAGAUAUGCUAAUGAAAUUGUACUGUAUUAUAUCAUGUUAUUUUCUGUAUAUCACUGUCACUUUCAUAAAACCAGCACUAGCACAUUAAUUAUUUUACAUGUAAUUAGGGCUGCAACUAACGAUUAUUUUGAUAAUCGAUUCAUCGGCCGAUUAUGUUUUUCGAUUAAUCAGAUGGAGGGGCCAAACCUUUAGUACCAUGUUAUCGUUUAUUUAAAAUAAAAUCCACAAACUGAGUGUUACAAAUAUAUAUGCUCAUAAAACGUAUAAAUAAAACUUGAUCAAAAGUUUGUGGACAGAUGAUCUUCACACCCAUAUGUACUUUUUGUACAUCCCAUUCCAGAUUUAAUCCCCUCCUUUUGCUGUUAUAAUAACCUCCACUCUUCUGCAAAGGCUUUUCACUGUAUUUUGGAGCAGGGCUGUGGGGAUUGGCUCGUUCAUCCACAAGAGUAUCAGCAAGGUCAUGCACUGAUUGUCUCCUUUAGUGAAAAGUGGACUAGUUCAACAAAACAGACUUCAUAUCAAAACCAUAAUGAACUUCCCUUUGCUUUCACACUAUCCAUUGUUACCCAUAUGAGGAUGGGUUCCCUUCUGAGUCUGGUUCCUCUCAAGGUUUCUUCCUCAUAUCAUCUUAGGGAGUUUUUCCUCACCACUGGCUUGCUCAUUAGGGAUAAAUUCACACACUUAAAAUCUGUAUCCUGUGUUUAUAUGUUUCUGUAAAGUUGCUUUGAGACAAUGUCCAUUGUUAAAAGUGCUAUACAAAUAAAAUUUUAUUUAAUUGAA